CUCGCGCCGUGAUAAGCUGCUUAAAAAAAUUAGUAAAGUGUGUUGAUUCACUUGCUAUGUUGAAGAAGAAUAACUGCUGAUAAUAUUCAUAUUCUCACAAAAAGUUAAAUAUAAAGUAUAUAAAGGAAGACGAAAACAUGUCAAAAGCACAAAUAUUAUUUCUCGUCUUUCUUCCAACAAUUUUGAGUUUUAACCUUUCACCAACGCCAAAUGUGUUCAUAAACAAGCCAAAAAUCUCGACAUUUCUUCCGCAAACAAGGUCGUCAUAUUUUGGAUUUUCAAUAAAUCUUCGAGCCAAUCAUGUACUAAUUGGAGCACCACGUGCACAAUCGACACUUGAACAACAGAGGAAAGUCGAUGAGACGGGUGCAGUCUUCAAGUGUGACUUGAAUAAUGGUGAAGCCACAGAUUGCUUUCCAUAUCAUUUUGAUUUGAAUGGAAAUACUCGCGUUGAGAACACAGAUCUAGCUUAUAAUUCUGAAAAGAAAGAUUAUCAGAUGCUUGGAUUCUCAAUGGAUGGACAUGAGUCUGAGAAUGAUAGAUAUGUUGUGUGUGCACCGAAAUUAAAGGCAGACUUAACCGAGAGUGAUCAUUAUUUAUUGCAUGGGAUUUGUUAUUGGGUGACUAGUACAAAUUCAACACAGCCAUCAGGUGUUCGACAAAUAAUCCCACUGAGACAACGUUCAUUACAGACAGCACCGGUAUCAAAUGGUACCUAUAACUAUUUUUAUAUCUACGGCGAGAGUGGAUUUAGUGUUCAUGUCACAGAAAAUAAUGAGAUUUUAAUUGGAUGCCCAGGUAUUUUAAAUUGGCAAGGAUCUAUUAUACGAUAUAGAGCUGGAAGUCGACCCGAUUUGGGUGGCUUAAGUCGACGUGAUUUGCGAAAAGAUAAUGGCAUUAUGCAUAUACUGAGAAAAAGACAAAUCAUGGAAUAUCGAAGCGAAGUUCCAAAUCCAUUCUACUUUACCCUUACUGAUGAUUCAUACUUUGGUUAUGCAGUCGGUUCGGCAAAAUUUUUGGGUCCGGAAACUGACAGAUUAUAUUAUGUUGCAUCAGCGCCUCAGGCAAAACAACAAACAGGCGAAGUCUAUGUCUUCGAUAUUGAAGAUUAUCGUCACGAAAGCAAAAUUAAACUGUACAAUAAAUUCGGUGGCUCACAAUUUGGCGAAUAUUUUGGAUAUACAUUAGUAUGUGAAGAUUUUAAUGCUGAUGGCUUUCCAGAUCUUGCGAUAUCAGCACCUUCAUACAGUAAGAAUGGAUUAUAUGAAAAUGGUGCUGUCUAUAUUUUCAUCAAUAAAGGAAAUCUUGCGUUCGAACAACAAGCGAUUCUAUUCAGUGAUUAUGAGACGAAUGGAAGAUUUGGAACAACGCUGUCUAAAAUCGGUGAUAUUAAUUUGGAUGGAUACAAUGAUUUAAUCGUUUCUGCGCCAUUUGAAGGAAAUGGUGCGGUAUACAUUUAUUUGGGAAGUCAUGAAGGCAUUUCAUUAAAACCUAGUCAAAAGAUCUUGGCACCAUCUGAAGUACCUCAUCAAUAUGAUGAGCAUUAUAAGAAUGCAAUGUUUGGUUUUGGAUUAUCACGCGGUGUAGAUAUUGAUGGCAAUCAUUAUAAAGACAUUGCUAUAGGCUCGCCAAAUUCAGAGACUGUCUAUAUCUAUCGUACAUAUCCCGUAGUAAAAGUUGUAGCAUCUAUAACAUCCUCAAAAAUGGAAUUGACAUUAGAAGAUAACACUGUCGCAAUUAAGGUCUGUGCACGUUAUGACAGUGUAACACCAUUAAACAUGGAAAUAGAGUUUGCCACCUCGCUGUCUCUCGACAUGAAAUAUAAUCGUGCAUCAUUCGCAAAGAAUGAAAUCGAAAAGACAAUCAAUGACUCACUUAAACUCACACAUGAAGACACUUGUAAUGACUACAUGCUUUAUGUACGUGGAAGUCUUGCGGACAUUUUUAAGCCCGUAAUCAUAGAAAUGAAAUAUGAGACUGUUGACAAAAUAUCAGCUCAUGAUAGUAAAUUUUGUGAGACGUGUGUCAUGAUGGAUCCUCUUGCUUCCAAACUGACAACAACGAAAAUAGCAUUUUCAACUGGAUGUAGUGGAGAAAGGUGUAUCUCAGAUCUAUCAGUUGUGGGAACAUUACUCAAUGUAAGACAGCCUUUUGUACUUGGCAGUGAGAAGACAAUCGCGAUUAAAUAUGAAAUUUCAAAUGCUGGAGAGUCUGCUUAUCUGACACAGUUGGCAAUUACCAUUCCUACAAACUUGACACAAUUCUCCCGUAUUCCACCGUCAUGUCGACAAGAUAAUAAUGCUCGGGAUGUAAUGAUUUGUGACAUAAAUACGGGAAAGCCAGUCAAGCAAGGUGAAACUACAGACAUGACAAUUGCAUUGGAUGCAUCUCGUCUCGAGGGUAGUUCAUUUAAAGUUUAUGCCGAAGUUUCAAGUGCUGGAGAUGAGCAACGACCAUCCGAUAAUCAAUACACGACUGAGAUUUUCCUCAUCGAGUUCAGCGAUGUAGAAUUGAAUGGACAAAGUUCAGCAACUCAAUUAUCUCUUGAAGAUGGAGAGCGCAUUGAGAAUCUUCAAUAUCGAUAUAAAAUAUUCAAUAAUGGUCCUAGUACAAUCAAGGAACUCUCAUUGAGUCUUAUAAUUCCAUUGGCUUACAUGCCAAAACCAAAUUAUCAAGUUGAAAUUGUGAAAUUUGAUGAUAUUGAUAUAAGAGGCAUCUACACCAACAAAGUAUAUGAAGCAACAUGGAUUGAAGGUGAUAAAAUUCGUCUUCAAACUCGUAGUGAUGAAAAUGACAGUAGUGCAAAGUCAGUUGUUAUUGGAGAUAAUAUGAAUCUUCAUAAUAGCUUUGAUACCUCAAAAUUGGGUUUCGACUAUGAUUUUAAUAGUGCUAAAACCAAUGAAUAUGAUACUUUAGGACAAUCUCAUCAUAGGAGACGGAGAAGCCUUUGGCAAAAUGAUAACGAUAAGGAUGAUGAUGAUGACUAUAAGGAUGAUAGUACAUAUAGAGUCUAUAACCAAUAUACAGGUUCCAUCGAUGAAUAUACAUCAUCUUAUAGAAUAUCCGUAGAUAAGGAAGAUCCAAUUCUAAUGAAUUUACCUCGAAAUCGAACAAUUUUCCUUGAUUGCUCACAACCGGAAGACAUGAAUGAGUGUAUUGAAGCUCAAUUUACAGUUCAUAAUUUCCGUCCUGGAAGUGAGCCAAUUACAAUAAGCAUGAACUUUACAAUAGAUUUAAGAAAAUUCGGCGACAUAUUCAAUGAUAACCAAAACAUUUUUGUGUACAAGACUAAUGCAAAGUUCCAACGUGUGGGUGACGAGAGCAUGAAAACAUUGAAAAUUACAACAAGAAAUCCGUACACAAUUGUCUUUGAGAGAUUCUCGUCCAAGACUCCAAUUUGGAUUUGGAUUGUGUCGAUAAUCGUUGGAUUACUUGUAUUAAUCCUGUUGUGCUAUGCACUUUACCGAUUAGGAUUUUUCAAUCGAUCCAAAAAGGAGGAACUUGAAAGACUGACGAGAGAAAGUAGACGAAUUACGCCUGAGGAAGCAGAGGAGUUGAAGAAUUUAAAUGCAUAAGAACCUUAAUUUAAUUUUGCAAUAAAUUCAUGUGCCAGUCAUUUUUUAAGACUUUAAUGAUCAAACAUUCCUAUGAAAUUUUCAAGACUUGAUGAGUGAAAAAAAGGGUACAAAGAACCCGAAAAUUAAUUUUUAAUUGUUAAUUUAUACAUAAGAAAGUUUUUGGAUAUCGUCAUUGCCAUUUUUUAAGGGACCAAUAACUGUUUGUGCAUUUUUUGAGCGACAGCUGAAUUGAUGUUUUUAUUGUGGUUAAAGUGGCUGCAAUUCUAGCUUAUUCGGGAAUUACUGUAGAGCUAUGGAACCAAUAGUCAUUUCAAAUGAGUCAGCAUGCUGCAAUCAGAGAAUGAGCUUUUAUGCUACACAAUGUAGUUAUUUAUACUAAGAAUUAAGCAUCACAAAAGAAUGUUCUUAUGGAUUAAGCAAUAUUAGUCAUAGAUUGAACUAAAAUAUGCCUUCAUUUCUUCUGCAUUAAAUCAUCUUUAAAUUAAGUAGAAUUACGAUGGCUCAGACAUAUGUGUCAUAAGUCUGCCUUUAAAAAAUCGAUUAAAAAUGUUUUUUUUUUUAUAUUUAUUAAAUCCAGUAAAUCCAGCUGCAAUUCUUCCCAUUAGAUAAAAAAGAAAACUAUAACAAUACUAUUUAUAUAUUUUAUGUAUGAAUGUUUAAAUCCAAAGAGAAUAAAGCUUUUAGGAUAUAGAAGUUGUUAGGACAACAAAAAAUAGAAAACUUUACAGCAAUAAAGAGAAAAACUGAAUGUUUUUUAGAAUAUCAUAAAAUAAUAAUUUUUUAAUGUAUGUAUGUUGUUGAAUGUAGCUUUUCAGUUACUCUGCUUCUUUCAUC